AUGUCAAACGUCGCUCUGUGUAAUCUCAGUUUCAUUCAGAUCGAAUUCGGGAACAAUCUGCUGACUGAGUUAGCUGAUGUCAAGUCGUUUGGUCAAUACAAAACCAUUGGAAGGAAUAAAUUGGAAUUUUCAUUGAAGAAACCGAAAAUGAAAAAUGCUGCGUUGGAAGGGAGUAAGAAGCGAUUUCAUCUGAGUUGUGGGGUUGAAGAAGAAUCAUGUGACCAAAUGUUCAAUUUCGGAAUCGAACCGGAAAACGAAUACAAAGCUUUACUUGACACGAGGCUAGACACGGAAACAUCGGCUAUUUAUCCGAUAGACACCGUUCGAUUUGUGAUGAGCGUCGCUCAAAACCAGGACUCAAAACUCGAAUGCAAAUCAGCAAAACACAUUGUGUAUCACAAUCUUUGGAUGAUGAAGGUCACAGUUUCCAGUUCUGACGACCAAGUACCCCUGAAGAUCACACAUUCAUCUGGACUGACUGAGGUGUUGACUCUCCCGAUGCACUUCGGUGAGAAAUGGUAUCUGAUGGUCGACGUGGAAUUCGUCGAACGGUUCACUUUCUCAAAUGGAGACCACACAAGCACCAUGACAGUGAAAACCGAUGUGAUGUGCUUGGUCUAUAACCAUAUUCCGGGUGUCACGAAUGCGCUGUACCAUGUCACUACAAAGGUGCUUUUACAUUCGAGCAGGGGUGAGUCAGUGAUUAUUCCUGACGUCGUUUAA